ACUUUGGGUUUGGGAGUGACUGACCAGCCCUGGACCUGGAGGCUGGGAUCAGCUGGGAUCACACACACACACACAGUGUUUGCUGAGCCCAGGUUAUAGGUCGAGUCCGGUGGCAGCUUUGCUUUCAGUUUCCCUCAAGGAGCCUCACUGAUCACGAAACCAGCGAAAGAAGAACAUCAGAGAGAGAGAGAGAAAGUCUCCUCCAUCCACACUUUUCUGCCUGCCCUGACAACAGCCUUGACGUGUCUACAGUUAACUCACUCUCUUCAAGCUGACUUCCUGGAAAAACUACUAAGUUAAAGAAAAAAAGGUAGCCACUGGCCAUAAGACUUCAAAGAGCAAGAUCGAUCAAUUGAUGCCAACAGUGAGUGUAUCUAAUUCAGCAUUCCAGAGUGGUUCCAACUGAUAUGCUUCACAGAAGUUGCAAUGAGAAUGCCUGCAAAGUGAUUUGCUUUGGAUGACCCAACUCUCUUAUUGAGCACCACAGUGUCAUCCCCAGACAUGACCAGCGAAGAGAUCAAUCUGAAAGCAGAUCUAAGGUUUUUUUUUAUGAGCCCAUGUGAAAAAUACAGAGCCAGGUGCCAACUUCCUUGGAAACUUUGUUUGCAGCUUUUGAAAAUAGUUCUGGUCACAACACAGUUGGUUUUGUUUGGGCUGAGUAACCAUCUGGUUGCAUCAUUUAAAGAAGAGAACUCAUUGGCAUUUAAACACCUCUUCCUUAAAGGAUUUCAAGGUGCUCGAGAGGAUGGUAAUAGCUUUGCUGUAUAUAAUCGGCAAGAUGUGUAUGAUAGCAUGUUUUAUGCAAUCAAUCAGUACCUGCAAUUACACAAUGUGACUGUUGGAAAUUAUGGUUAUGUACAAGAUGAAAAUAAUCUAACAGCGUUAACAGUCUGCAAACAGCUGUAUGUGAAAAGUCCACCCGUACCUUCAGAGAACGUGAACAGAUCAAUAAUUGAUUCAAGGAUUGAAACCGAUUGCUUGAAUAUUGAGCCACUUAUUGCAGCAAAUAAAGUCUCCGAAAAAUGGGAAAUGAGCAACUCAUCGUUUUUUAUUUUGGAAUUUUACAGGCUUGUACAAAUAGAAAUCUCAUUUAGACUGAAAGGAAUUGACUUACAAGCCUUCCAAUAUAAUGAAUUGCCAGAUUGCUAUGAAUUUUUGAUUACCAUUACUUUUGAUAAUACAGUCCACAGUGGAAUCAUUAAAAUAUUUCUGGACAGUGAUGCUGCAAUUCAAGAGUGCAAUGACUGGGAUAUAUCUGACUCCCUCUCCAAGAGCUCUCACUAUAUCUUGAUCUUUGACGUUUUUAUCAUGCUGAUUUGCUUGAUGUCACUUAUUCUUUGCACGCGGUCUAUUAUCCUUGCUAUAUCACUGCAAAAGAGAUUUGCAAGUUUCUUUCUGAGGAAAUAUAAUUUCAAUGUGUGUCUGUCUGAUCGUUUGGAGUUUUUGAACGGCUGGUACAUCAUGAUCAUUAUCAGCGAUACGAUGACUAUAACUGGCUCCAUCAUGAAGAUGGAGAUUACCGUAAAGAACCUCACAACAUAUGAUAUUUGCAGCAUUUUACUUGGAACCUCUACAUUGUUUGUUUGGGUUGGAGUCAUAAGAUACCUGGGAUAUUUCCAGAAAUAUAAUGUGCUCAUUUUAACAAUGGGAGUGGCUUUUCCCAAAGUACUGCGGUUUUGCUGCUGUGCAGGUAUAAUUUACCUUGGUUACACAUUCUGUGGAUGGAUUGUAUUAGGACCUUAUCACGCAAAGUUUGAGAAUUUAAGUACCGUUGCCGAAUGCCUUUUCUCUCUGGUCAACGGCGACGACAUGUUUGCAACCUUUGCAGAAUUACAGGAAAAGAGCAAUUUACUUUGGUUGUUUAGCAGGCUCUAUCUCUACAGCUUCAUCAGUCUCUUCAUUUACAUGAUUUUGAGCCUCUUCAUUGCACUCAUUCAGGAUACUUACGAAACUAUCAAAAAAUAUCAAGAGCAUGGAUUUCCGCAGACUGAUUUAUACACCUUCUUGAAUGAUUCCACAGAGAUACCAAAUAUCAGCAGACGAUGGUGUGAUGAUGACAGGCUGCUAAUUUAAACAAGUACUCGAAUGAAGGAAGCACAGUGGACCUUAUAAUGUCAUCAUAUUUGAAGAAAUGGCUCACGGGAGUGAAUUUACUGGAACCAAAAUAACUAUCCAAUUUGCUGAGCAAAUUAAAACAAGUGGUGAUCUGGGUAGAAGCGCCCUGUAAUUAUGUUGAUUGAUUGUAAUUAGUGUUGUUCAGCCGGAAAGGCGGAAAUUCAUUAAGAAGCUUUACUGGUUAAACACAGUAGCGGCCAUCAGAGAAUUUUAUGGACGAUUUCUAUAUGGAAACCCAGAUGCUGUUUUUUUUCCCAUUAGAAUAGUUUAUAAUCACUAAACAGUAAACUGUUAAUCAGCUAGUUGAUUGCAUAUCCUUUUUGUUUUUAUAUUUUUUUAACAAGAAACCCUUUGCUGUAAAACUUCUAAUUCUGGUCAUGUUCCUGCUAAUAAUUUCUAACUGAGUAUUAAUUUUAUUUGUGAAUUACAGAUGAUAUAUCCCUUUUGUCGUUUUCAUCCUUUGUAACGUUUCAUCAAAUAAAACUAAGAGCUAUGCAAACACAAUUUAGUCCAAUUUCAAGCUGUCUGGCUCCACUGCCUCCCUAUCUCCAGGGGAUAAUUUAUUUUAGAAUCUUCACACUUAUCUUCAAAUUCCUCUUUGACCCACCCCGAAGCUACUUGAGAUCUCCUGCAAGUCUAUUCACCUGGCUGUUUCUUCUGCUUUGCCAACUCUGGCCUGGUGAUUUCCCUUUCUUUCAAAAUCCCUAUUUCCCACACUCGCCUUCUCUUUGUCAAAGCUUCUUAAAAAUCUCUCUUUCCCUGUGCCUUCGGCCCUCCAAUCCACACCUCCUAUUUACCGCACAGUCUGAAGUGCUUUCAGAUUUUCUCGCUAAGUGCCUUGGGACAUCCUCC